CCCUAAGCACUCCUCUAGCAGAGUCUUGCAGUAGUUCAGCUCCAAUCUUUCUUCCUUCCUUCUUUCAUGGUGUGCUUUCAUUCGACUCCCUCCUUCCCCAUUCAUCUUCAUCUUAUCUAGCCGUCAAAACCUUUUUGCUUCGUUCAAAAUCAAAACGGUCAAAGCCAUCACCAACUUCCACACUCACAGUUACUCUAUCUGUGAAAGCCAUCACUGGCUUCUCUAUCUCAAACUUUCCAUCAUUCUCUCCACCUCGAAGCUUCGUAGAUCUCUUCUCUUUGAAGCUUCGUCCUUCAAUUUGUGUCCAGGGUGCAUGGAUCUAUGCAUAAAAUGCCUCCUCAAGUCCAACCCCAUCGGGGAUGUCGCUUCCCUUGCCUCCAUGCUUGCUGACAUCAUCUCAGUUGACUGUAGACCCAGCGGUUAACCUUUCUUGAAUAUUGCCAAUGGUCUUUGGAAAUGUUGUUGACGUGAUUGUCAUAUAGAAACUUCCGAGGUUGAAUAGGGCUGAGAAUAGCUUUACCACAAAUUAUUCUAUUAAGGUUUGUAAACUAUCAGUUUAAUUUUUUGUUUUCUGAAUCUGGAAAUUUAAUGGAUUUACUUUUUAGUUUAGUGUUGCUGACCCCUAAAGCUUGAUGUACAUUUCAAUUUUGGUGGAGGAAUUGGCGGGCUGUAUAUAAUUACAAAUGGAUAAUCAACAAACGACUCUUUUGCCGAGUGAGAAAUUCACAUAGAGAAAUGAAAACUUCUCUACGUUGAACUCUAGCAAGUUUUACUUCAAGAUUUUCAUUAUGGGCAAUUAUCCAUGGUUCAAUGACAAUUAAAGGAAUGCUCUAAAAUCAACUCCUAGUUUUCUUACAACUACAUUGAAAAGAUGUUGGGUAUGAGAAAGUUGAUAGAGUAAUGAUGAUACAAGGCUGACAUGCGUGGCUAGCCCUUGCCAUUUUCGGAGACGACACUGUUCAUAAAGCCACUGUGAAAGUAACCAUGUGAGAGGAGCGGGCCCCACCUCAUUAGCUUGGACUGCUUGGUGGAGUCACUAUCUGGGAUAUAUUGAAUAUCUGAAGAUGAUGAUUGAUGAUGUUUUUCCAGCCUGGAUUUUGUGGCGAGGGGGAGUUUACCUAUUGACUUGAAAAAGCAAGUCUUUUGCGGGUCUUUUAUAGGAAGCGGCAUUGCAAUUGCAUCUUAUUUUCAUUGCCUCCGAGCUUCGUCUGCUUUUCCUGCACUCUGUUCUUCCAAUUUCUUCUGCUAUUUCCUUCUACUUUCACCUACAAACCAUUCCAAGGAAAUUUGUUUCCUCUACCUCUCUUCAUUCCUCUUCUAAGUUUUCGGUUCAACUUGGUUUCUUUCAUUUUCCUGUUCCAACUGCCUCAAAAAAAAAAAAAAAAGUGCCUUUGUUUAAGGAUUUGUUUUCUUGUUAUCUCUUCUUUUCGCUGUCGGUUUUAAAAAUCUUUUGCCAAAAAAACUAAAAUUCUUUUUCUCAUCAUUGGAGGGGUUUUUGUUGUCUCGUUCCGUAGUUCAUAUACAAACUAAAUUUAUUAAAAGCCAAAAAAAAAAAAAAAAGUUGACGUCGUUGUUGUUUAGAGAUUUCUUGCAAGUCUGCUCUCUGUUACUUCUGUUUGUUGCUUUAAAAAAAUCUUCAAAAAAAAAAAAAGUUUCUCAUCUACCUGUCUCUCUUAGAAGUCCUGGUAGUGUCUCUCUUCGUUCCUUCUUCUAGGUUUUCUGUUCAACUUGUUUUCUUUCUUUCUUUAUUGUUUUUUGGGCAAAGGUUGCUUUCAUUUUCUUGUAUCAGGUUGUGCAAAAAAAAAAAAAAGAAAAAGAAAACAAAGGGUGUCUUUGUUUAAGGGUCUAUUUUCUGGAUACCUCUUCUUGUAUUUGUUUCCUUUGAAAAAUCUAAAAGAAAAAGGGAAAAAAUUUCUCAUGCUCAAUCCUUUGUUCCUUGGAAGUCUUUGGUACUGCUGCCUUAGUUUGUAGUUCUUCAGAGUGAGAGAUAAGUUUAAUUUGGUGUGAAGCAGAGAGUGAUUCCGAAUAUUACUUGGCAAGGGAAGGGCAGCUGCGGCAGACACCUCUCUCUCAUCUUUCACAGGCUCUGUCUGGAAUCAACAAUGGAGAUUCUCAGUGCCAUUGCUGGCGAAAUAGCAAAGUAUACACUGAAACCCAUUGUACGACAAGUGGGAUAUUUGUUUUUUUACAAAGACAAUUUUAAGGAGCUAAAGGAUCAAGUCGAGGCGCUGGGGAUAGCAAAAGAGCGAAUUGUGCAUGAGGUUGAAGCGGAGAGAAGAAAUGGAAGAGAGAUUGAAGCUGAUGUGGGGGAGUGGCUGAAGAAAGCUGACACGACUUUAAAGGAAGCUGAUGGAGUGUGUAAAGAUCCACGCUGUGUGAAAGCAGACUGUUCUGGAUGGUGUUUUCCUAAUUUGAUUUCACGCCAUCAACUAAGUCGAAAUGCAAAGAAAACGGUAGAAAAUGUUGCUAAAGUGCUGACAAAUGGGAAGUUCGAUCGAAUUGCGCACCUCCCUCCUUUACCCACCAUCAUAACAAUUAGUGUAAAGCUUGAGUCAAGGAACAAGAUGAAGGAGGAGAUUUUGCUGGCUCUUAAAGACCCUAAACUAAGCAGAAUAGGAGUCUAUGGAUUAAGUGGGGUGGGGAAGACCACUCUAGCUGGAGAAAUUGUUGAGCAAGUGAAGCAUGAAAGGUUAUUUGAUGAAGUGGUUAUGGUAACUAUAUCACAAACUGCAGAUAUUGACAGAAUUCAAGAUGAGAUGGCAGAUAAGCUAGGCCUCCGCUUUGGAGAGAGGUCUAUGGCUGGAAAAGCAGGCCGCUUGUAUGACAGAAUCACACGGGAGAAAGCUAUCCUCAUCAUAUUGGAUGACAUCUAUAAUCAACUUAAUUUGGAUAACUUGGGAAUUCCAUCCAAAGAUAAAUAUAAGUUGGGAAUUUCUAUUGAGGAUAACUAUAAGGGCUGCAAGUUGCUGCUAACUUCUAGAGACAAAAAAAUUUUAGAAAACUAUGAUACUGAAAAGAAUUUUAGACUUGAAGUUUUAAAUGAUGAAGAAUCUCGUAGAUUAUUUCAAAAUAUGAAUGAUGAUGCCGUCGGAGAUGUUGAGUUGCAAGAUAUUGCAGCCCAAGUGACCCGAAGUUGUGCAGGCUUGCCUGUUGUGAUAGUCACAAUGGCAAAGGCGUUGAGAAAUAAGGGAAUUGAUUUUUGGGAAAAUGCCUUGAAGAAAUUGGAAAGCGUCGAUAAUGGGGAGAGAGUUUUCGAAGCUUUGCAAUUUAGUUACAAUCAAUUGAAAGAUGAGGAAGUGAAGCAGGUUUUCUUGCUUUGUGGAGUACAAGGAACUUCCACUUAUGUUAGUGACUUGUUGAAAUAUGUAUUUGGUUUGGGUAUAUUCAAGCAAGUAGAUACCGUUGAAGAUGCAAGAAUCAAACUUCGCGAAACGAUGGCUGAUUUGAAGUCAUGUUGUUUGUUACUUGACCAUGAUGCAACGAUCAAAAUGCAUGAUACUGUUUGCAAAGUAGCUAUAAAAAUUGCAUUUAGGGAUUUUUAUGUUUUCACACUGGAAAGGACAAUUGGCUUGCAAGGUUUGCCAGAUGGGGAUUUUCUCAAAAGGUGUUCCCAAAUAAAUUUAAUUCGUUGUUGUAUCCGACAACUUCCUGAAAAGUUAGAUUGUCCUGAUUUGAAAUUCCUUCACUUGAAUAGUAAAGAUAAUCCUUCAUUGGAAAUUCCAAAUUCCUUUUUUGAGGGUAUGAGAAAACUUGAAGUGUUGGAUGUCACAGGAAUGAUCGUACCAUCAUUACCUACGUCGCUUGUUUCCUUGACCAAACUUAAAACAUUAUGUUUGGAUCAUUGUUAUUUGAAAGAUAUGGCUGGAAUUGGAGUUUUGAAAAAUUUAAAAAUUCUUAGCUUCAUCCAUUCAUCUAUGGAAGAGUUUCCCAGUGAAAUAGGACAAUUGACUCAUCUAAAAAUGUUGGAUUUGAGGAAUUCUGGAAUUGAAGUCAUCCCACCCAACAUUGUGUCCCAGUUGACCAAACUGGAGGAAUUGUAUAUAGGCAAUGCCUUGAUAAAGUGGGGCGUAGACAAUUCUGCUAAGCAAAACAAAAAUGCUAGUCUUAGUGAGCUAAGGCAUUUGACAAGCUUAAGUACUCUAGAAAUUCAAACGGAGACUUGGAUUUUGACGAGGGGCAUAAGGUUUGAGAACUUAAAGAGAUAUAAGAUUGUUGUAGGAGAUAAAUGGGAAUGGCCAUAUUAUAAUGAGACCUCAAGAUUGUUAAAGCUGAAGCUUGAUACUCACAUUCCUUCUGAACAUGGGAUUAAAAUGUUGAUUAAAAGAGCGGAAGAUUUGUACUUAGAUGAAGUAAAUGGCAUUUCAAAUGUGGUUUUCCAAUUGAAUGGCGAAGGAUUUCCAUUGCUAAAGCAUCUCCACAUCCAAUAUAAUGGUGAAAUUCAGUACAUUAUCAACUCAAUCGGGAGGAAUCAAACUAACGUAAUUCUGUUUCCCAAAUUGGAGACUCUCAUACUUCAGAAUCUCUCUAUGUUGGAGGAGAUAUGUCAUGGCCCUUUGUGGGUUGGUUCUUUUCGAGAACUUAGAGUCAUCAAGCUCAAAAGUUGUGGCAAACUAGAAUAUGUCUUGUUGAAUUCAAUGAUUAAAGAAUUUUCUCAGCUUGUUGAAAUGGAUGUUUCUGAAUGCCCUUCUGUGAAGAAUAUUGUGUUUAUGGAAAGCAUGAAUAGUGGCAUGGUCAUCAAUAAAGUUGAGUUUCUUCCACUGCGACGCUUGGCUUUACAAUAUUUACAUGCAAUGGUCGGUUUUCGCUCUGAUAACCCAGCAUUGUUUUUUGACGCAAAGGUUUCAUUGCCAAACUUGGACAGCUUGAAAUUGAGCUCGAUCAAUUUAAACAAAAUUUGGGAUGAUCAUCAACUUUCAGUACCCAAUUCUUUUCAGAAUCUAGCUCAUUUGAUCGUGGAGGAGUGUGGCAACCUACAGUAUUUGUUCUUACCUUCCAUGGUUGAAAAUCUGAAAAAUCUCAAACAGCUUAAAGUAAGUAAAUGCGACAAGAUGGAGGAGAUAAUAGCCACUGAAGGAAGAAACAAUGAGAUUACAUUGAAUCAAGAGGCUGGAUUUUCCAAAUUGGAGGAGAUCAUAAUAAAUGACAUGAAAAACUUGAAGACAGCAUGGCACUAUCAAUUUGGCAGAUUGAAGACAUUGGAAAUCAAGAAGUGUGAGAGACUGGAGACUAUUUUUCCAGCAGGCUACAUGCGUGAAGCAUUAAGAAGUCUUGAGACAUUGAAGGUCUGUGAUUGUGCUUUAGUGAAAGAGAUAUUCCACUUAACGGCCAAUGGAAUGGGUACUGAAGAGGCGACAACCCAGCUUAAAAGUCUAGUACUACAUGGACUGCCAAAGAUGAAACAAAUAUGGAGUAGGGAUCCCCAGGGACUUUUUCGCUUUUUUAAUCUACAGCUUGUGCAAAUUGAAGACUGUGAAAAUUUAGAGUAUGUCUUCCCAUUCUCCAUUGCUAAGGAUCUUCCACAACUUGAUGACCUCCAGUUAGUUUCAUGCGGGAUAAAGGAAGUUGUUUCAAAAAAGGAUGGACCUAUGGAUGAAACUACCAUAUUUGAGCUUAAUCAUCUCACCUGUGUGAAACUAGUACGUUUACAUAAGCUCAAGGAAUUCUAUGUCGGGGCUCAUACCUUAGAAUGUCAAUCCUUGAGAAAAUUGUUUGUGCUUAAUUGUAAGCUACUGAAGCUUUUCAAUUCACGGUCAAGCAGAUGUCAAGAAAGUCCUUCAUAUCACCAACCUCAUUUCUCAAAGCCACAGCCUCUGUUCCAAGUUGAAGAGGUGAUUGGCAACUUACACAUUUUGGCACUACGUUGUGUGGAUGCUAACAUGAUAUUGCAACACCAAGUUCCAGGGGAACUCUUCUGUGAAAUCAAAGAUCUUGUGAUAACUGAAUUUGAAGAUGAUAAAGCAACUUUUCCGCAUUGGUUUCUAAAAAAUUUACCCAAGCUUGAGGUACUAACUGUUAUGACCAGUUCCUUUAAGGAAAUAUUUUGUGAUGAAACAUUAAUUGAUGAGGAGGGACAAGACAAAAUUAGCACACGAGUUAAAAGAUUGUCGCUCUCAACUUUACCUGAACUUCAGGAUUUAUGUAGAGGAGGAAGUCAAAUUCACCCAGUUCUUGAGCUUCUUGAAAUCUUAACUGUGAUAGAAUGUUCCAAUCUGAGAAAUUUAGUUCCUUCCUCUGCAACUUUUUGCCACUUGACAUGCAUGGUGAUAACGAACUGCCAUAGUUUGAAAAGCCUGAUGACGGCAUCAACCGCACGAAGUCUUGUCAAGCUGCAAACGAUGAAAUUAGAAGAGUGCAAGUCACUUCAAAAAGUUGUGACAGAAGAGGUGAAUGAGACAGAACAUGAAAUUGCAUUUAACAGUCUGUUAAUUUUAGAGCUGAAUUAUUUGCCAGUGCUCCAUAGUUUUUCAUCAAGUAAGUACUCCUUCAAGUUUCCAUGGUUGGAGAGAGUUGUUGUUAGUCAAUGCCCUAGGAUGCAGAUUUUCUCUGCCAAAGCAACAAGUACACCCAAGCUUAAAAAAGUGCUAAUAGAGGAAAAAGCCUGCGGAGAAUAUUAUUGGCAAGGCGACUUAAAUGGAACAAUAAACAAUAUGUAUCUGAACAAGGUUGCAUUUUGUAGCUUCGUGCAUUUAAAGGUUUCGGAUUAUCCUGAGUUGGGAGAAUUGUGGUAUGGCCAAGUUAAGAACAAAUUAUUUUGUAAUUUGAAAUCUUUGGUGGUGCAAAAUUGCCAUUGGUUGUCAAAUUUUCUUCUUUCUGGAAAUAUACUUGAAGCUCUUUCCAACUUGAAAGAGCUUGAAGUAAGAGAGUGCGUCACACUUGAAGCUGUGUUUGAGUUGGGCGACAUAAAUGAAAGGGGAUUAAUAGUGAGAGAAAUAAAAAAAAAUAACUCUGUCUAA